AUGUCGGUGGACUCUGCGUUGAAUACUUCGGGCAGCAGCGGUGAAGUGGUCAACCAGGUGUCAUAUCUGUCUUUGAGUGCAGGAGGUGACCGUCAAUUCCUAGGCUCAACCAGUGGCCUGUUGCUCGCCAACCUCUUACAGAAGAAUCUACAGACAUCCUUUCCACUUAUCGCCAACUCCGAGGUACGUGCUCAUGAGCAAAGGCCAGCGCUCGGUAAAGGGGCCGCCCCUGCGGCCCAUGCCUCCAGUCGGCCACCUCAAGAUGUUGCACGAGGACUCUUGAUCGCAUACUGCAACCAUGAUCAUAUUUGCUAUCCUUUUCUCGAUCCCAAAACACUACAUGCCGCGCUGGAGGCCAUCUACAGCGAGGAGUCCUACUCAGUCUACCAUCCUGUAGAAUCCUUCUUCAUCGACAUGAUCCUCGCCAUCGGUACGGCUCAGGUCUACAAAUUCGACUGGCUCAAUUUGCCCGACGCAGAAACGCACUAUAAUCGCGCCAUCACCCAUCUUCCAGUUGUCCUUGGCGCUGGUGGGAUUUUGUCACUUCAGGCGACCUUGCUCAUUGCUCAAUAUCGGAUGGGAAGCUCACUGUAUGAUACGUCGGCGAGUCUAUGGCAUCUCGUCGGAGUUGCCGCACGAAUGUGUUUUGAACUGGGACUACACAAAAAGUCAACCUAUGUCUUGCCGCAAAGUGGGAAUGUCCCCGCGGAACAGGUUCAGAGAGAAAAGAUGGAGAUGAUGCGGCGAUGCUUUUGGUGUGUGGUCGCCAUGGACCGCAUCGUCAGUUUCACCCUGGGAAGGCCUCUUGCUGUUCAGCUGGACGACGUUGAUGCCGAACUGCCGCAGCUUGACGCGACCGAUGCUACAGAGACGGCCAACGGUGCCUUCUCUGACGACUCUAUAGAGGCACCACUGAGUGAUCAACGUCUUGCUCUCUUCAAUCACAUUGUACGCUACCGCCUCAUUUGUGGGAAGAUUUUAAUCUCUCUCCAUAGGGAUACGCGGCCUGUCGGCACCACGAUUGAUUACUUCAAGAUUCGAGAGGAGUUGUCUCACGAAUUGAGGACGUGGCACCGCGAAACAAGCGCUUUGCCCUUCCUAGCUCUGGAUGCAAUACUUGAUCCGCCCAAUACCUCAAGCUUUCGAUCACGCGAAUGGUACGACCUGCUCUAUCACAACGGAAUCUUGAUGUUGUUUCGUCCAUCACCUACCCUCUCGGACGCAUCCAGCAAUAGCGUGACCCUCCAGCACAUUUUUGAAUCUUCGCAGGCCGCUAUCAAUCUUUAUGCCGAGCUUCAUCGAUCGCGCAAAAUCAAUUACUCAUGGGUCACUCUACAUGCGGUGUUCAUGGCUGGUAUUUCGUAUAUUUAUGCACUUCGGUGUCACGUCCAAAACACCUGGCGUCAGCCUUCUCCGACCAAUUAUCCCCGCGCAAAGCUUCACUCCAGUCCGACCAUUCAGAAAGUCGUCAAUGACACCCGCGCUUGUUCCAAUGUCCUUGUUGCAGUCUCCGAGCGUUGGAGCACAGCCCGGAGUUGUUCGCGCGUUUUCGACCGCUUGAGCGACGCUGUCCUCGCGGACAUUAUAGAGACACAGACUCGCAAGCCUGCGACCCCCAUCGUUGAGCCCAUUCACCAGCAACGAAUGGAGAAUGUACCCAUACUGGGUUCGGCAAUAUCAAUGGACCUCCCCACACCAGACAACGAUCAAACAUGGGCCGCGAGUUUCAGCCACAUGGCAGUCGACAGCACGCUGCAGGAUUGCUUUGAUGACCUGCAAAGUUGGUGUAAUGACCAGUACGGUGGCGAUGCCAUUGCCCAGCUCUCGCAAAAUUGGCUGUUUGGCAUCCAAGAUCCUAGCAGCGCAGCCUUUUAG